GUACAGUAAGAGGCUUAGUGCAGCGUCCAUGUGUAGCAGCAGCGGUGGUUUUCCAGCACACACUAGAUUCCUCUGGUUCAGUUAAUCUCUCUCUCUCUCACGCAGACUCAGGGCAGAACGAGGACGGCCCACGCAGAAUGAGGAGAGCAGUUAUUGCAUGUUGUGACCUCGCCGCGCUGCCAGGCCCCUCGCUAAUCUUCAUAUUUCCCAUGAUGGCGAUUUAAUCCUGUCAGCUGUGACGACAGAGGAGGAGGAAACGCUUCAGCAGCGUCUGCAGUGACAGAGGGACGCGGCCGGACGGCUUUUCAGACUUAGCUUCAUUUUUUCGACUUCUUCGUUAGUUGGAGCUGGACGUCGAACUCGCUGAUCAAAGCCGGCUACCUGAACGGUGCUGCAGCAGCGCGGUACCGGUCCCACUGUGAGGGUUCAGCGCAGGUCACGGGCCUCAUUCAAUGUGGCAGCAGCUCAGUACAAGUCCAGAAGCGUGAAGGAAGACGUGAUGCAGUGCUCUGACUUCCUCUGUCCGUCUGUGGACAACAGCUCUGUGCAGAGGCGUUUCCUGGGUUUGGCCUCCUGCUCCAUCAGAGACCUGCUCAGGUCCAAGCAGCCUCACAGCUGUCUGAGCCUCAGGGCGAUGGAUGGAGCGAGUGACGCGGGGGAGGUGAGGGCGUCUCGUCUGCAGAUGGAGGACGAGCGCUUCGAAGGACCUGAACACAAGUGCCCCGCGCUGUGCGACAGCCUCCACGGCUGCGUCCACGACAGGGAGAACAGUCCAGCGAUGAGGGCUGUGCUCUGUGCUCAGGUGUGUAAGCUGUACCGGUUCCAGACUGAGGACCAGCGCUGGCUGCUGGUCAGGGAGCAGCUGUCGGAGACGCCGCUCUCCUUCUCGUUGCCCAAGCGGCUGCUGAGCAUCCUCAUUCACGAGCACAGCAGCAGGGUCCAGGACGUGAAGGAGCUCAGCGACCUGCCGCUCCACUGGGACGGACUCCGCCGUGACGUCCUCGGCCACUGCAACCACCUGAUCAGCUGCUACCAGGAAACGCUGGCCGAGCUCCACCAGCUCUCAGCGUUGGCCUGUUUUAAGUCCAGCAGCAGUCGAUCGGACCGACACCUUCAGUUCGCUCCGACCAACCUGCACUCGCAGAGGAUGGAGGUCACGAGUCCGGACAGCCCAGGUGUGUGGUAUGAGAUCAUAACCUUUGGAGCUCCGGCCGAUCACCACCAGUCCUUCAAACACGGAGGACUGAAGAGGCUGCUCAGCAAACACGCCCCCCACAGCCACAGCUCUGCCUCCUUUUCCCGGGCCGAAUGCUCCAGAGCCAGAGCGCUGCUGAGCAGCAUGGCCCAGCUGCAGCCCCUGGUCUUUGGCCUCGCUGAGGAGCUGCUCUCUGUCUCGUUGGAGCAGAAGGCCACUUCGCUGCAGCGGGUGCUGGACAGCCUGACUCAGCAGACAGAGCUGUUCAUUGAGGAACUCCAAGAUGAGCUGGUGAAGCGCGCCCUGUUAGCGGCCCACAGCCGGUUCCCUGCCAGCGUCCACAACCACAGCAACGGCUCAGUGUGCGACGCCACAGCAGCUGCGCAGGAGCAGCAGCCUUCGCCCCAUGACUACGGCGAGGAGGAGUGGGACAGAACCUGGACCAAUGUUGGAAAGAUCCUCAGCUGUAUUAUCGCCAUGGUGAAGCGGCUGCAGGAGCGAGAGAACCGGCCUCAGGCUCUGAUGGCCUCUGAGCAGCAGGAGGCUCCUGGGGAGACGGGAUCGGAGCAGCAGGAGGCUCAUGGGGAGACGGGAUCGGAGCAGCAGGAGGCUCCUGGGGAGACAGGCUCUCAAGGCGCUGUCUCUCCCUGCUUCUCCACCUGCGCCUCCUCCUGGCAGGAGCAGCUGCUGCCCCUUGUGGUCACCCUCAGGGACUGCGUGCGUGAGGCUGUGGAUCAGGCGCGAGCGGCCAUGACCUUCGUGGUGCUGCAGGCGGCCGUGGGCCUCACCGUGGGCCAGGGUCCCGCACACGUGGUGCAAAGACGCCACGCCGUGUUCAGCCAGGCGCUUUCUGCAGUCGUGUGUGGCUUCGUGCUGAAGCUGCAUGGAAGUCUGGAGGACCGCGACUUCCUGCAGCAGCUUCACUCUGUGGGAGUGUUGGCUCAGUUUGAAAGCCUGCUCAGCACCUCUGACGAGCUGGGCAUGCUGGAGGACAUGGAGGUGGGCGUGGCCGACCUGAGCGAGGUGACGUUCAGCAUCACCGAGGCCAAAACCGAGGAAGCGGGAGACCUGCUGCCGACGCUGAGUGGGACGUGGGGCAGUCUGGUUGUCAACGUCCCGGUUCCUCCAGAGGACUUUGUGUCUCUGCCACAGGAACUAAAAGGAUCUUUGAUUCGACUUCACCCUGUUCACUUCAACAUUGGAAUCAACCAGCAGCAGAGUUUGGCUGAGAGGUUUGGUGACAGUUCUCUGCAGGAGAGAGUGAACCAGGAGAACUACGAGCGCCUGAAGACGUACUGCACCGCCCUGAGACACCGCCUGCCAGCGCUGCCUGGAAUCCAGGCGCUGCCGGACCUGCUGUUGUCUCUGGACCGGACCGUGGACAGCAGGAAGCGGAAGAACGUGGAGGUUCUGUGGCUCGCGGCGCUGGUGUGCCGCACGGUGAACGGCGUCCGUCUGACCAGCUGUAAGAGCGCCAAGGACCGCACGGCCAUGUCGGUGACGCUGGAGCAGUGUGUGAUACUGCGCGAGCGCCACGCGCUCGGGCGCCAGCACUUCACCAGCGCGCUGGACUGCAUGAGGAGGUCUCGUCUGUCCUGGGGCCACAUGCUGGGCUGUUAUUCCCCCUCAGGGGUCGCUGUCUCUGGGUUUGACACAGAGGAGCGUCCCUCUGACCUCCACAGCUUGUGGAUCCCUCAGUGUUUGGCCCCCAAAGCUCCCAGGCGACACCUGUACCCAGUGGCCUUCCUGCUGGUGACCUCUCACCUCCUGGUUCUGUGGCUGAUCCUCAGCCUGGUCAUACUGUUGGCCAAAUACCAAUAGACCAGACAAACUGGGACGUUAAUGGUGAACAUAAUAUCCCAGACGCUGUUUUCAUAGUGACUCUGAAACACUAUUAGUCAUUAGACAUUUGUGAGAUCAAAACUCCAGUGGUCACAGACUCCCAUUAGAUGUUCCAUUAAAACUAUUCUGUUUGUUUCUGAAUUGUUUAUGUUUUACCAUGUUCAUCAGUAUUUAAUGUUUGUGUUGUUUUUCAUCUGAACGGGAGGAGUUUUGGUUUCAGGUGUUAGUGCUCAUUAAUAUGCACGUGAAUGUCUACGCUGCUGUGUGUGUGUGUGUGUGUGUGUGUGUGUGU